UUGAAUGGAGAAUAACAAACAGAAAUGGAGAGGGGUUUGAGUGGGAUGUAAGAAAGUGGAAGAAUGUGAUAGAUAUGGCAGUUAAAGAUGAGGGAUUGAGCAAGUGGAAGAAUGAGAUGGAAAGAAAGGAAACUCGACUGGUACAGGGAGAAAGAGCUAGGCCCCAAAGUGUGAGGUGUGGUAUGAGGGAAGCCUGGGAGGUGAUCUUUUCCGUGCUAGAGCGCAGUGUCUGGAUGUGAAUGCAAGGAACUAUAGAUGGUCUGAGUCUCGCAGCAAAGUGUGCCAGAUGUGUGACAGGGGUGUGGACGAGACUGUGCAGCAUGUAGUGCUGGAAUGUAAGAAGUAUGACAGGGAGAGAACGAAGAUGAUGCAUGUGUUUCUGAGUGAGAUGGGACAUGGAGUGAAUGGGAGGACUGGAAAGGAGUGGAUGGUGCUGCUGCUGGGGCUCAGUGGUGAGACGAGUGGACGAGUGAUUGAGGCAGUGAAAGAGUUCUUGGAGGGCAUGUGGCGUGCGAGAUGUAGGGAACGACAUCCUGCCCCGAGAACAUAGACUUUCCGCUUUUUUUGUUUUCUUUCACAGGAGCUGCCGAUACAAAGCCCUGGCUGGGGAGAAAUCCCGAGCCACCUGUGACAUCAAGAUCAAGAUCAAUUCCUCCGAGCACGAAGUUUUUUUUCUGUUUAAGGGGGCAAAAAAGUUUAGUUACCCGGUGUCAAUAGUUAACAUGGUCUGUGUAGGUGGGCAUUGAGGCGUGUGUGUCUAAUCUUCAGGCGGGUGAUGGCUGUGUCCAGCAUGGGACGACAGUGCUGGGUGGGGGUGUCUAUACCGUCCGAGGGUGAUCUGUCAUAAGUCAACUGUCAAGUCUGGUGGUCCAGUGUCUGUUGGAGGACUGUCGUAGGUGAGGCAGUAGGUCAUUGUGGUCCGGUGGGCGGUGGCCCGUCCGUUGGCUGGGGAUGUGAAUGUGCCGGGUUGGCUGCUUGGUCCACUACUUUGUUACCCACUGCAAUGCCUAUGUGUGAUGGUACCCACUGAAGGUGGGCCCAUCUGUCCCCGGAGGUCAGCUGUUCCAGGAGUGAGUGGAUGGUGAAGCAUAGUGUGUGGUGGGUGUGAGGCCUGUUGGUGGACAGGAGCUGGAGGGCAGUGAGAGAGUCUGUAAAGUGGGAGACAGGUUUGUGUGGAGUAAAUGUUGUUGCAGUGUAAUGCCUGAAUUUCCUCUUUUCUCCACUCCCACACAACCACCGCGUGUAACAAAACACACGAGAAAUUAAUCCAGAUAAGGAAAGGUUUUGCCGGCGCCAGGGAUCGAACCUGCGACCAGCAAGACGGGAGAGCCACUCCUUAACCAUUCAGCUAAAGAGGUACUACCCCACUCGCAGAGUGAGCUAUGAAAGGCUCACCCAUCAGGCAAGUCGCUGCACUACAGCAGCAUUGAGGCUUUCCUUGAUAGCAAAGAGCUCUGCCCCCAAGAUUGUGGUGUGAGGCUGGAGUUUCUAGUUGGUGGAGGGCUGCCAGGAUGACGACACCUCCGCUAGCAUCCGUCAUUCCCUGGGAGCAUGUCUGUCGGAUGCUGGAGAAGGUUCAGGGGGUGCCGCGGGCCAAGAAGAAGGAGAUGCUUCUUAAAUUCAUCACAACGUUUAGAGAACUGCAUAAGAAAAAGCUACAGCAUCAGCCAGACUGUACUGACACAUUCUUCCCGGUGAUGCGAGUGCUGCUGCCGGCGCUGGAUAGGGCACGCGGGGCCUACGGGGUGAAGGAGCGCAGGCUGGCUGACCUCUACAUCCGCAUCCUCGGACUAAAGAAGGAUGGGAGUGAUGCACAGAAACUCAUCCACUUUCGCAAGCCCAAAGCCUCAGCAGGGGGAGAAUCAGGGGACUUUGCCGAGGUCGCUUACUAUGUGCUGAGGAACCGCUGUCCAGAGAAGGGGAACUUGAGUCUACUGGAGGUUGACGAACACCUGACCUCCAUCGCUGAAAACCACGCAGCCAAGAAAAAUGAUGAGGUAGAGCGCUCCCUGCUGGAAAUGCUGAAGGGGAUGUCGGCUAAGGAACAGAAGUGGCUGCUGCGGGUGCUUCUCAAGGACAUGCGACUCGGCAUCGGACAGACCCUCAUCUUCAACGCCUGGCACCCCGACGCGAAGGAUUACUACGAUGUUACCAAUAGCCUUGAGAAGGUGUGCAGGACCCUGCAGGACCCUUCCGUUCGCCUGCAUGAGGUGGAGGUGUCCCUGUUUGCACCCUUCCGCCCUAUGCUGGCACAGCGGGCGGUGCUGGAGAAGGUGGAGGCCCAGAUGAACCACAAGAUGUACUUUGCAGAGACCAAGUACGAUGGAGAACGCUCACAGAUACACAAGAGGGCGGGAGACUACAAGUAUUUCUCGAGGAAUGGUUUUGACUUCACCACCAACUUUGGGGCUGACCGUCACUCUGGGCUCUUCACCCCCCACCUCCACCCCCACCUGGCACCCCACGUGAAGGAGGUUAUCCUGGACGGGGAGAUGGUGGGGUGGAGCCAGGCACACCGCGUCAUCGUGUCCAAGGGUGAUCACAUGGACGUGAAGAACCUUAAAGAGGACGGUGAUUGGCAGGUGUGUUUCUGUGCCUUCGACAUCCUCUACCUUAAUGGCACGGUGCUGACUAACAAGCCCCUGUCGGAACGCUUGGAGAUCCUGAGGACGGUGAUCAACCCUGCGGAAGGUCGGGUCAUCAUAUCAGCCACUGCCAAGGUCAAAUCAAGGGAUGAGGUGGUGUCGGUACUGAACGAGGCAAUAGACAGGCGUGAGGAGGGUGUCGUGUUGAAGGACCCCGACAGUGUGUAUCAGCCAGCUGCAAGGAGGGCCGGCUGGAUUAAGGUGAAGCCAGAGUAUGUGGACUCCCUAGUACCUGAGUUGGACCUGGUCAUUGUGGGUGCCUACUAUGGGAAGGGCAGCCACCAGGGAGUGCUGUCACACUUCCUGCUGGGGGUGGCUAUGCCCUCGGAAAACCCCGGCAGCCAUCCAAACACAUUCCACUCAUUCAGUCGUGUAGGGUCAGGCUACACGGUGGAUGAGCUGAAGGACCUCUUGGAGAAGCUGAAGCCCAACACUCGCAGCCGCCAGCCCCUCAGCGUGGUUGUGACGGGGCGGGAGAAGCAGCCAGAUGUGUGGGUGGAGCCACGCAAGUCUUUUGUGGUGCAGGUUAGGGCAGCAGAAGUGGUGAAGAGUGACCUUUACCGGUGCGGGUUGACCCUCCGCUUCCCGAGGGUGGAACACGUCCGCUACGACAAGCCGUGGCACCAGGCACUUACCAUCACCGAACUGAAGGAGCUGGCGCAGGAGGCGAGUGGCAAAUUGGCGGUGAAGCACUGUGCAGGAGCUGACCUGGAAGAGGGGAAGGGGGCGAAAAGAAGGGCCGUGAUGGUGGCAGCAGGCCCUUCACUACCCCUUCACUUCAGACCCGCCGAUGUGUCUGCUGCUGUGAAGAAGGAUGAGGUCUUUGGAGGCUUGGAGAUGUGCGUGAUGGGUGGGGACGAGGAGAUGGGGAAGCAAGCCCUGGAGACCCUGGUGGUGGAGCAUGGAGGCAGGAUCACCCAGCACCCAGGCCCCAUCACCCACUGCAUCAUCGCCAACACCCCCACCGUCCGUGUCCAGUCCUACAUCAAGUCGUCCAAACACAAUGUCAUCCACCCCUCCUGGUUGAGAGCCUCCUGUGGCAGCGGGCGUCUCCUUCCGUGGGGGCCCCUCGACGUCCUGCACCUAAGGGAGAAGGAGAAGUGUGCCAUGGAGGAGUUGUUUGACCCCUACGGCGAUAGUUUUACGGAACCCACCAAUGGAAGGAUGAUCAAGAGGGUGAUGGAGGCGAUGGGAAAGGAGACAUGGAAGCCCCUGUCCCCGGAUGAGAUGAGUGAAAUGGAUGAGAAGCUGGUUGACUUGGGUGACACCAGGGCGCUCUUCAGGAGGGUCAACGGUUGCUUCUAUGGAGAUGUGGAUGACAAAGUAGCAGCUCUCACCCUUCAGCUACACGGAGGCACCCUCACCACCUCACCCGCCUCAGCCACUCACCUCAUUGCCAGGAAUGAGAGUGAGGUGCGAGCCAGUGAGGUGGAGGGGAGAUAUCUGGUGACCUGUGAGUGGAUCUACGCCAGUGUGGAGCACGGCAAGAGGCUGGAGGAGAGGGGGUACAUGCCUAGGUUGGUGGCAGGCUGAGUGGUGGUGAGGGUGGAUUUGUAAAGAGUUGUGAUGACUUCAUUCUUGUCUUUCGUUCCUUCCAUUAACUCUUCCUCCUUUCUUUCCCUCCAUCCUUCUUUCCUUGUUAACUUCCUUCCUACCUUACUUUCUUAAUUUCUUUUUACCUUCCAUUCACCCUUCCUUCUUUCCUAUCUUCCUUUUUUCCCUUUUCCUCUCCUUCCUUUCUUUCUUUCAUCAGAGUGUUAUGUCACUGCAUAUUGCUAGAUGAUGAAAGUUCUUGAUUUGUUCAUGGUUAGUGUACUCUUCUUUCCAGCAGAGAGAAAAUGGGUGUAUAUAAGGCCUAAGAGAGGUAGUGAGCAGAGGGAGUGGAGCACUAGUCUGGAUGAGUGAGUUGCAGUCUAGUUACAGCAGGGCUCUGAGUAAGUGAUAAGAGACUCAGCGUGGAUUAGGAAGAGUAUGGAUAUUCCUAGAUUCCCAAUUGUGAUUUGUAGUGAUUCAGGAAUAAAAAUGAUUACUGUUUU